UGUACCCUAGAAGUAAAUCCACCGUCUGUCAAUGUUAAGGCAGCCGUAGCUUCAUUCUGAAAACCUUUCCGCAGCACCGUCCCUUCUUCUCCGUCACUAUGGCGAAAAACAGGAACAAGAAGAAGAAAAAUGGUGCCGUUUCAAUGGACACAACGGACUCCAUCGUUUCAGAAGCACCUCAAGCUAUGGACACAUCGGAAUCAGUAGCUAAAAUCAAGGUUGCUGGUGCUACCAAAUUGAAGGUGAAGCAGAAUGGAAGGCCUAUGAAGAGAUCAAAAUGUGCGCGGAAAAUGAAGGCAAUUGCAAAAGCUAUAUCCGCAAAUGAGAAGUCUGCUCAGAAAGUUUCUAAGAAUGACAGCAAAAAAGUUAGAGUUCAAUCUGCAAAAACACUCUACGAAUAAAUAACUAGCUGGGUGGUUCAUAAUUAACAUUUGAUACUUUAUAUCACAAGCACCGAAUAUACUCCUUUUUGUAAUUUAGUUUAGCCAAAUUCAAUUAUUUGUCUACGCCAAGUGUUUUUCAA